AUGAACGGCUUAAAGGCAUAUUUGACAUCCCAAUUUUCUUUUCGUGCGAAAACUAUGGACGAAUCGGGAAAUAGACACUCAUCUGAAAAUGUUCAUGGUUUUAAGAAAUGGAGCAAAUCCACGGAACACAUCCUCCGCAUUCCAAGCAUAAAGUCAUUACUUUUCUCAAAGAGUACCGAGAAGAUUCAAGUUUCGGCAGACCAACUCCCAGAUGGCGCAACAAACCUGCGGUUCCCGACCACCUCUGGCGGGCUCUCACCAGUUGAUGCCAGUGGUUACACGAAGAAACGAUCAGCCAGACCGAUGCGACUGAGAAGUUUGAAAACGACUGUCGCCAUGCGAGAGAAAGCUAAAAAUUGGAUCCCAAAGUUGUAUUUCGCUUCGAUGGACUCCUUGUCCUGCCACGCAGUGACAGAGAUGGAAGGAAAAGGAAUCCAUAUGGCUUCCACACCAGUCCCACGAUCAACCACUCUCGUCACUGACGUACAUACAGACACGAAAAGCUCGGAAUGCCUGGUGUCAACGUCCGGGAUGUUACGGUCAAACGAGAAAAGCUUCGUGCAAUCUGCCUCGUCGAAAUUGGCUGGCUUCCAGGUGGAUAAACCGGGACAGCUAUUUAACGCUCAAUCUAAGGAUGCGAGCAGCCCUUGCGUUGUAACUUCAGAGAAACAUACAAGCGAAACGGAUACAGACGGACUCCUUGGUUUUAUUAGUCCUGAGCCUCCUUCCGACAUAAACAUUACCAUCAAGUGUGUUUUGGGAACUGGAGCAAAUGGAUUUUGUUACGAAGUUGAGUUGCGCAGACUGACGAACAACGAACUGUCCUGUUUUGCAGUAAAUCAGCGGAACUCCAGUUUACCACGGAUGGCAGCUCUAAAGGUAAGCAGCACGUAUCAUCAAAUUGCGAAAGAUUAA